UCAGCAUCUUCGUGAGCCUCAUAAAAACCAAAUCUCCAUCUUCACAACCUUCCAUUCAUUUCAAUCGAACUCUCCGCACCCUAACCCUAAUGGCAUCCAUCUCCGUUCUCCUCGUCGCCCAAGUUUUACCCUACCUCGAACAAGAACUCAACAAACGCUACAACCUUCUCCGCGUAUGGGACUUCCCUCAAAAAUCCAACCUCUUCGCUCAACACGCUGCGUCGAUCCGCGCGGUGGUUGGACACUCCGGCGCCGGCGCCGAUGCUGAACUCAUCGACGCGCUUCCGAAGCUGGAAAUCGUUUCGAGCUUCAGCGUUGGUGUUGAUAAGAUUGAUCUUGGCAAGUGUAAGGAGAAAGGGAUUCGUGUUACGAAUACGCCUGAUGUGUUGACUGAUGAGGUUGCUGAUUUGGCUAUUGGUUUGAUUCUUACGCUUUUGAGGAGGAUUUGUGAGUGUGAUCGGUUUGUUAGAAGUGGGAAUUGGAAGCGUGGUGAUUAUAAAUUGACUACUAAGUUCUCUGGAAAAAACGUUGGGAUUAUUGGGCUGGGAAGGAUUGGCACCGCAAUUGCCAAGAGAGCUGAAGGUUUUAAUUGUCCAAUAAGCUACUAUUCCAGAACUCAAAAGCAAGAUUCAAAAUACAAGUACUAUCCAAGUGUUGUUGAGCUAGCAUCCAACAGCGACAUACUGAUCGUUGCCUGCCCUCUUACAGAGCAAACCCAUCACAUCAUCAACCGAGAGGUCAUCAAUGCACUUGGUCCAAAGGGUUUCCUAAUUAACAUCGGCCGAGGUAAGCAUGUUGAUGAGCCAGAGCUGGUCUCUGCAUUGGUUGAAGGUCGUUUGGGUGGAGCUGGACUCGAUGUUUUUGAGAACGAGCCUCAUGUUCCGGAAGAGCUGUUUGGGCUAGACAAUGUUGUCCUGUUGCCUCAUGUUGGAAGUGCCACAGUAGAAACUCGAACUGCCAUGGCUGACCUUGUUCUUGGAAACCUGGAGGCUCAUUUCCUUGGAAAGCCGCUGUUAACUCCAUUGGUUUAAAUUCUUCACGCCCAGUCUGUUGGCCAUUGAACUAGAUAAUUUGAAGGAAUGGCCUCCAUUCAGUUACAUCAUCGGUUAAUGAUUCUUGUGAUGUGGAAUUGAUGAUUGUGAGCGUCUCAGAUAUCUUAUCUACUUUGGUGCUUCAACAGAUAUUGUAAAGAAUAAGUUAGCACAUUUUAAUUGUGUUACAUCUUAAUGCAUGUUUGGAUUUAAGUUGUUGCUUUGAUUCAAAUGUGUGUAGUUCGUUGCAAUAAUAAACACAUAAUCUGAUUAUCAAUGAAAUUUGACUGGCAUUUAGAGAAGAAAUUAUCUAGUUAAAUGGCUGACGCCAUUGUAUUCAAA